UCUGCCCCACUCAUGAGAACAAAGGUGCUGUAGGAUCUGAGUGUUUAAAGAGUCACAGAUGGGUUUUGGGGAGGACCUGAGGUGUCCCCAGGCACAUGCAGCAGUCAUCCGGCUGCUGGACUCAGAGCUUCACCUGAUGGAGGUCAUGAAAAAGUGGAUGAGUCAGCGAGCGAAGAGUGAGCGGGAGUUUUCAUUGCAGCUGCACCACAUGGCUACUGUGGCGGACAAGUUGGACCGACCUCAGCCUGGUGCAGGACUGGACUACAUCAGCCAGCUCAACAAGUCAUGGGGAGUGCUGGUCUCUCAGACGGACUCUCUCAGUCAGCUGAUGAAGAAGCGCUCUGAGGACCUGCUCGACGGUCCCAUCAGCAAACUGACACUGCUCAUCAGAGAUAAACAGCAGCUCCGAAAAACCUACACAGAGCAGUGGAACCUGUUGAGACAGGAGCUCAGCAGGGUGACCCAAACAGAGCUGGAGAGGCUGAAGAGCAGUUACAGACAAGCAGCGAAAGAUACAGCUCAGGCCAAGAGGAAGUACCAGGAGGCCCAUAAAGACAAAGAGCAAGACAAGGCUAAAGAGCGUUACAUAAAGGCUGUACUGAAACUUCACGGGCUGCACAAUGAGUAUGUCCUGUCUGUGCGAGCCGCCCAGGUUUACCAUCAACACCACUACAGUCAGCUCCAACCCACCCUGCUCAGCGCGCUGCAGAUGCUGCAGCAGGAGAUGGUGCUCAUACUAAAGGAGAUACUGCAGGAGUAUUUUGACAUCUCUACUCUACUACAUCGUGAAGUGGUGCAGAUCCACAGGGAGAUGUCUUCUGCCCUAGUGGACAUCGAUCCCCACAGAGAGUAUGAGAACUUCAUCCAACAAAACAGGUCUGUGGGGGAGAUUCCCGCUUGUACAGAGUUUGACUGUGGUCUUCUGGAGGACACCGAGCAGCUGAAACCCAGAGAGAUUGAACUGAACGACCUCACACUUGAGACAAUCCAGCACAAACUGACUGCGCUAGAGGAGGAGCUGCUGGACCUGGCUCAAAGUCUGGGCUCCCAGCAGGUCUUGGUCGAUCAGCUGGAGCUGGAGCUGGAGGCAGAGCAGGAAGGUGUCAGAAAGGGCCAGAGGGUCUACCAGUUCAGCAAAGUGGAAGAGCUUCGGCAGCAGGUUGCUCUGUCUCAGGGCAUGAGAGCCAAGUUGGAGGUUCAGAGGCUUAUUCUGAAAAAAAGACUGGAUCAGCUGGGCUGCAAUGAACCUCCCAGUGGUCUGAAGCUAGACUCAGAAACUGUUUCACUUUCAUCCAACAUAAGAAAUGACCCCAGCCAAAAUCCUGCCAAACUCCUGGAUGGGAUUAAAAAUAAUCUGAGUGGCUUGUUUAAACCCAAAUGUGAGGUGCUUCCAGUCCUCACCCCCAUCCAGGAAGUGGAUCGUCCUCUGGGACAGCAGGACUGGUACCACGGAGCCAUUCCCAGACCGGAGGUCCAGCAGCUGCUGCAGAGUGAUGGAGACUUCUUGGUGAGGAAGAGUCAAGAGAAACAGGGUUAUGUGCUCUCUGUGCAGUGGGAUGGCUCCUGCAAGCAUUUCCUCAUUCAGAACAUAGAUAAUAUGUACCGUCUGGAUGGAGAAGGCUUCCACAGUAUCCCACAGCUAAUUCAACAUCUACUAUCCUCACGCCAACACAUCACCAAGAGGUGUGACGUAGUGCUGAAGAAACCUGUACUGAAGGACAAGUGGGUCCUGGAUCAUGAUGACAUUAUCUUGGGGCAUCUCAUUGGACGGGGAAACUUUGGGGAGGUGUACAGUGGUCGUUUAUCCUCUGACAACACUCCUGUAGCUGUGAAAUUAUGUAAAGAGAACCUGGCCCCAGAGCAGAAGAGUAAGUUCCUGAUGGAAGCCAGGAUCCUGAAGCAGUAUGACCAUCCUAACAUUGUGAGGCUGAUAGGAGUGUGCACACAGAAACAGCCUAUCUACAUCAUCAUGGAGCUCAUUCAAGGCGGUGAUUUUCUCUCGUUCCUGCGGCAUGAGGGUCACAGUCUGAAGCCUAAGAUGUUGAUCAAAAUGACAGAAAACGUAGCAGCUGGCAUGAUGUACCUGGAGAGCAAGAAGUGUAUCCACAGGGACCUGGCAGCGAGAAACUGUCUGGUUGCAGAGAACAAUGUGGUGAAGAUCAGUGACUUUGGGAUGUCCCGUCAGCAAGAUGACGGUGUCUACUCUGCAGAGGGAGGCCUCAAACAGGUCCCUGUCAAAUGGACGGCUCCUGAAGCCCUGAACUAUGGUCGGUUUACCACAGAGAGUGAUGUCUGGAGCUUUGGUGUUUUACUAUGGGAAGCUUUCUCCAUGGGAAUGACGCCCUACACAAGCAUGACCAACCAACAGACACGAGAGGAGGUGGAAAGAGGAUACCGUAUGCCUGCUCCUCACGGAUGCCCUGUGGAAAUUGCCAGGAUUAUGACCAGCUGUUGGCAGUACGAAGCCAGAAACAGGCCGUCUUUCAAGAAACUCCGAGCUGAACUCAGUGCCUUAUAUGACAAAAUUACUUAAUAGAAACCUGUUGACUGGACAUGUAGAUUUUUUAUCCCAGUCAGGUUGAUUGGCCAUUUGUUGGUUUGCAUUUUUUUUCUUCAGAAAAGAUACAGUGCAUGUGUUGUCUAAUAUUUAUUUUUUGCACUUCUUUUGUUAUGGAAAUGAACUUGGAAGUAUAGUUCUGUGGACUCAUAAAAUAUCAGUGGGCCAAGUAAUGGCUGCGUUCUUGUUUCUUCCUUUCCUGCCCUGUUUGUGUCCUUGUCCCCCUAAUA